AAGUCCCGCAAAUCUGAGAACGAGUGUUGAUUGGCUCUACAAUAGACUUCCCUUGUUUUCCGUCUCUAACGACAACAUUAUCUGUAGAAACGUUCAGCUCUUUCUCGUCCCGUCAGUGGGCUGUCUUGGUUAUCUGCCCUUAGCAGCUACCAUGCCUAAGAGCUGCCUUGUGCUAACAGGAUUUCUACUCUUCAUCGUACCAACAGUUUCAGAAAGGACCUGCAGAGAUAUUCUAGAUGCUUGCAAGAAGUCUCUAAGGUCAUCCCCAACUGUUAACGUCACAAAUGAACGAUUAUCUUAUACAGACCACUGCAAAACCGUUGAAGAUCAUAAUAACGAAUGCAAUUCAUACAAUAGCUUUUUUAAUUGUGUGACACAAACCGCGCCUUCAUGUGUCGGAGAUAACGAAACUGCCAGCGAACUACAACGUGUUCGAGGCAACUACGAUUUGGAGUGUUCACAAGAAAGGCUUUGCUACCUUGAGGUCUGGAAUUGCAACUGUUUGACUAAUAUCUCAAUCCCAAGAGUUAAUAGUUCAAGUUAUUUCGCCAAUGCAUGUAAAAAUCGAAAACUUUUCCAAGAUUGCAUCGAUAAGAUUGAAGGCUGUAAUUAUUUUGAUAUUAUGAAAAAUGCUGUUGGAGAAAUCAUCUUUUUAAAAUCAAUUUGCCAAACAGAAACCGAUCCCGGGCAAAACUGUUCAAUACUUCUUCGUGUCUGCAAUCUCUCUCUAAAGUCCUAUGCACAUUUUGGUGUCAGAAUACACCAGUCAAUCCAGUUAGUCCAGUGCCACGUCAUCGAAUCUGUGGAAACUACAUGCUCUUCCUUUGAAAAUCUGAAGACUUGUGCUAACAACACUUUGCUCACAAAAUCCUGUGAGGAAGAUCCUGUGAUCAGCAGUGAGUUAAGUAAACUUCAACAGUCUUCCGCUGACAUUUGUUCACAAGACACCUUGUGCGCCCUGGAGCUCGUGAAGUGCGCGUGCUCCUCCGAGAUGUUGAACGCCGGGAGCAUGUGCCAGAGCAUGAACUCAUACAAGGACUGCACAGGACAAAUAGGAGGCUGCAAUAAAGAUACAACUGUGUGGCAAUCACUUUCCGUUACAUUUAAAAUGAUGGAUGGAGCGUGCAAAACAGAGUGCCCCGGUGCUUUUGCUUGUUGGAUGGAUGCUCAAGAUCAGGUAGACUACCUGUUUGCCAGACUGUACUCUUCUGUACACACGUUGACAAGCCCCACUUGCGGGAUUCUAAGGCCACGGUUCCAGUGUCUCUCUAGAAACACCAGUUCAUGUAGUGACAGCCUCAGCAGCAAGUGGCAGCGAGUUGAAAAAAGCUUUGAGGCGGUUUGUACAGUCUUUGAGCAAAACACGACCAAGACUUGGUCCUGUCCAAGUGUCAGGACGUGUGUUGACGAAGCACAGCUGGUGCCGGGGGUCAGUCUUGGUGACUUGAAGACACUGGUCUCUGUCUCGCUUUCCGCUGCAGACAUCGGAGCGGCCAUACUUACUCCCAGUACAUGGUGCAGGAUUUUAAUCCAUGCCACGGAGUGUAUAGAACAAGAGGUUGACGCCUGUUCAUUGACAACAGCGAUAAUAGAUAACAACUUUGCCGCUGCCAAUGCCACAGUGAGACGCUUAUGCAAAGGUUUUGAUUUCACAACCGUGGAAACUGCGACGAUUUCUGCAAACCCGUAAGUCCUUACUUUUAAUAUCAUCUUGGUAGAAAACAUGUGACAUUUUAAAAAACAAAUUCUUGUUCAGUAAUUUUAGAAGUUGUGAAGUUGUCCUUGUAUAAUAAUUAAAAGAAUUAUUUCCCUUAUUUAAGAAGGUACGUAAUUGUCGCCUAUUACCCAGCAAUGUUAAUGCAAAGCAUAUGAACCUCGAGGCAAAAAAAGAACCUUGAUUUUGUUCCCAACAUACUAAUGUGUUGUAAAAGUACUUUGACAUGCCUUUAAUUGAAGUAUUAUUCAGCUGACACCACAAUAGGAACUGCUACUGAUUCUACCCUAACUUGACCAUUAUGGAGGCAAGACUAUCUCGAUGCUUCUAGUGACAUUAAUAUUUUAGCGAAUGAGUGUAAAAGUGCCAAAAGUAUUUACAAAACAUUUGUUUUGUUGGGUUUUUUUUUCAGUACACAGACAACAGAUAAGGAAAC